CUGCUUAAAGCUCAAAAGCAUUUUUUAAGCAGUUUUUAAUGGGUCAAGAAAGAGAGAUUCUUUACUCUUUCUAGUUUUCUCCUUCUUUUAGUAUUUUAAUUUGGUGUAUUUUUUUGAGAUUUGUAGUUGGAAUUUUCUGUUUGUUUGUCUGGUGUUCUUUUGUGAGUUUUGAGGUGGAAGAUGGAGAGAGAUUUUCUGGGAUUGGGGACAAAAAAUGCUCCGAUUACGGUGAAAGAGGAGUCUGAUGAAGUUUCCGAUUCAGCACCAAUGAAAGGUUCCGGAAUGCAGUGGUCUUUCUCAAACAAGGUUUCUGCCACACCUCAGUUCCUGUCAUUCAAGGCUUCUCAAGAAGAAAGGCCUAGAAAGACUGCUCAUGAUCAUAUGAUGUCAUCUGGAUUUAUGACCAUAUCAACUCCAGAUGCUCAUGAAUCCAACCACAAACAAUAUUCUGGCAUAGUUCAGAAAAUUAUGGUCCUUGAUAAACAAGUGGGGAAUCACCAUGCUGUGAUGACAUAUGGUCUGCAAAAGUUUGAUGCUUGUCCAGCCAGUCAUUCACAGGAAGUGAGGAUACUCCCAGUCUCAAACCUACCAAAUCAAGCAAUUAAUCUUUCAAUGAGCGCAACUAUUCCACAUUCACAUCUUGCUACCACUGGACAGGCUAUUGUCGGUAAUAAAGGAAUUCCACAAACCCUUGGAGGAGUUCCUAUUAUGGCUUCUCCUCUGUCUGUUGUUCCAGCAUCAAGUUCUGUCAUUGGUACCACUGAUCUUAGGAGUACUCCCAAAUCUUCAACGGCCCCCUCUCAGUUAACCAUAUUUUAUGCUGGUUCUGUUUGUGUUUAUGAUGAUGUGUCUCCUGAAAAGGCUCAGGCUAUUAUGUUACUGGCUGGAAAUGGAUCUUCUGCAACUCGUAAUAAGAUGGUUCCCAUGGCUCAAGCAGCAGUGCCAGCACAAGUUCAGGCAACAGUGCCAGCACCAGCACUACUACAAAGUCCACAGCCUGCUUCAUUUGAUGAUGGUUUUGUUGGGAAAAUUUUGCCAGCCACCUCAUCAUAUUUAAGUCUUCCAAGCCCUAUUUCUGUAACCUCUCCUGUUAAUUUGCAGCGAGGGGGAGGAUCCAAUAGCACAAAGGAACUAGCAACAGUAAAAUCAAUUGGAGCUUUAGCAUCUUCUGUUAGUCAACCAGAGCCUUCCAUAGUUGCUACUUCAGUAGGGUCUGCUGCUAAUCCACUAAUUCCAGCAGUCUGUCAAGAGAUACUCUUAGUUUUCUUGAUUUAGCCUUUUUAAGGUCUUGCUAUAAUAUUUGUUGUCAGUUUUUUGUGACUUCAAAAGCUACCUUGAUGCUUUCUUGGUGGAUACAUUCAUCCAAAUUUCCAAGUUCCAACUUGCAAAUAUGAGAUAAUUUUGAGUGUUAGUCUAGUAUGUGAGAAAGCCCACUUCUGCUACAGUUACAUUUCAAUAAGUGUCCGUCUCUAGUGUAUCCAGGAUCAUUUUUCUUUUUAGAUAUCUUAAAACUGUUCUAUUGUGGCUAAAUGGAUCCAAAAUACAAUUAUUCUUCUUGGAAAUCCAUAGUGCUUUUACAUCAGAUAUCCAAAAUAUAUCUUGCUCUUUCAGUUCUCUGCUUUUAAACUAUUGUUUUAACACUGGAUCCUUUUCAAAUUUUCAGUUUUCGGUUUAACCUAAUUUAAUGAUCUCCUAGUGUAAAUCUUCUGCAAAAAAAUUGUCCAUAUAAAUUCUCUUUUGAUGUUAUGAUGAACUUGAAAGGCCGUCUAUGUAACCUUGGAUUAAUCACAAAAAUUAUACUCAUUUAAUAUAUGCAUGUAAUGUGAUUUUGCAUUUAAUAGAACUUCUGCUUGGUGGAAACCUGAAUUUUGCAGCCUAGAAAUGUUUUAUGAUGCAGGGUAAUGAGCUCAUUGCCAUAUAAUAUCAGCAGGAAAUCCGCAGAGUGUGGCACGCCUGGAUCUGAAGGUGUGAAUUUUUGCAUAACUUCGGCAGGACCUAGUCCUCUCCAAGCUAUCCACCAGCACAGCUAAGGACUGUUAAUGCGAGAACGAAAACCAAAGUUACAUUUCUAUUUUAGAUAUGUAAGGAGCCUUCAUCAGCGUGUAUGUUUGUUCUUAUUUAUAAGUUCAAUUUUUUUAAUGUCAGGUCUUUGCUUUUUGUUCAGUUUAUUAGAGAUUCAUAUAUUUGUUUUUCACGCUCUUUUGAUCCGGAUCUUUCUUCAGACACUUCAAACAGGAAGUUUUUCCCACUUCUGCCUGUUGUGAUACAAGUAU